UCAGUCUUGCACAGGUGUAUUGGCUCCUCCCCUUCAGUCUUGCACAGGUGUACCGGCUCCUCCCCCUUCAGUCUUGCACAGGUGUACCGGCUCCAGUCCCCUUCAGUCUUACACAGGUGUACCGGCUCCUCCACUUCAGUCUUGCACAGGUGUACCGGCUCCUCCCCUUCAGUCUUGCACAGGUGUACCGGCUCCUCCCCUUCAGUCUUGCACAGGUGUACCGGCUCCUCCCCUUCACUCUUGCACAGGUGUACCGGCUCCUCCCCUUCAGUCUUACACAGUCUUGCACCGACUCCUCCCCUUCAGUCUUGCACAGGUGUACCCGGCUCCUCCCCUUCAGUCUUGCACAGGUGUACCGGCUCCUCCCCUCCAGUCUUGCUUAGUUGU